AUGGAGCUUUGCGAGAAGGCAAUCCAGGCCGUCGUCCACCCCACGGCUGCCUUCCAGACUGACGACGAUGCCAAUGUGCAACCCUCAACAGCUUGUCAGCCGGACUUGUGGGACACUUCCCUCCUGAAUCCAAAGAACCGGAUUGAUAGUCUGGCUUUGCCCGAACGCCCACUGUGGCGAAUCGACGGUUGUACUGCCCUAGGCAUGCAAUAUUACGCAGUUCCUCUUUUCUUCAGAGACGUACCGCCCUUGCGUGUGGAUGUAUUCAUCUACGAGUCACAGCCGUCCAACCUGCGACAGCAGCUGGAGCUCAACGUCGCCUUUCACACGAAAGAUGCCACUCGUCUGUCACAUCUGGCCAUCACGAAAUACAUUGUCCGUAUUCUGGAAACUUGGACACGAACAAAGUUCCCCCAUCUGGACGCCUGCACAGACUACUACAAAAACGCCCCAUUUGGAACUCGUCUUGUGAUUGAGAACUUGUCGACCAAUAUUCACAAUAUUGAGGUUCAAGUGGCUCGGAACCAUGAUCUUGAGCGCAGACUGCUGUCACUGCCCAAUCUGGAGGCACUCUGGGGUUCCAACUUUGACUUUCCACCCAUUGUGGACUUUCACGAGCUCCAAGUCAUCCGUGUGCUUCACGACAGCGUGUGUCUUGUGCAGUACCAGGGACAACAAUUCAUCUUCAAGGCCCUCAUUGGUGGCAACAAGUAUCUCUACCACGAGCUGAAAACCCUCUGUUCACUGGAGCCACAUCCGCAUGUCAUUGCCAAGCCCAUACAUCUCGUCAAGAAAGCUUGCAAUUUUGGAGGCAAAAAAGCCAUCAUUGGCUUCACGACUUUCUACCAUUGCAAUGGUAGCCUGCGAGACUUGUUGCCGCAACUUCGAAUCCAUGGCGAGCUUGAUCGACCGCAGCAGUUCAAGUGGUCCAUUCAGUUGACAGAGGCACUCGAGAAUUUGCGUGUCACGACGGGGACAUAUUAUCCUGACCUCCGGCUUGACAAUAUUGUUCUCUCCGCAGCAAUGGAUCUCGUCAUGGUGGACUUUGAGCAGCGCGGUGUAUGGUGCGAGUUCGCUGCUCCAGAGGUCAAUUCGCUCGAAUAUCUUCGCAUCAUUGCAAUGGACGAUCAUGUUGACAUGCGAUUUCCCACACCUGACCAGGAGAAUUACCAUCAGAAGUAUCAAGAGAUUCUGCGCCGACUGGUGCCAGACUACGACAAGCUAGAAUCUGACAGAUACGCCAACCCACCAGACGGGUACAACAUUGCCUGGAUUGCACUGACCCCGACCGAACAGGAAGCCGCAGAGGUCUACAUGCUUGGUCGAGUGUUGUGGUGCAUUUUCGAGGGAGUCAGUGGUCCACAAAAGGCUGCAGUCUGGCAAUCGUACCCAUAUGAAUCAGAUCUCGAGUUUCCCGAUUACGACAGAACACCUCUGGAGUUGAGAGACCUGAUUGACCGAUGUACAUCCGGCAGGAGGCAGACAUUAGGCAGUUCCAUUGCACGCCAAGGUGGUCAACUCAUACUGAGGGGAGUGCCAUUGAGUCAGCAAGGACCAAAGGACGUGCAGGACUUUGCUCGUCUCUUUUGGAAAAAGGAGCUCAAGGUAGCCGAGGACUACCUGGCGAUGAGAGAUGAAGAAAUGGACAAAGGCAAGUGGACCGGAAACUACUACAAUCGUCCGACACUGAAACAGGUGCUGGACGAACUCGAAAAAUAUCAGGAAAUUCUUUUAUGA